CCCAGUAGCAGAAAUUGAAACCCACUAGCAGCCUCAUAAUAGCAACAAUGGCAGCCAAGAUAUGUACCCUCCUUGUGCUCCUUGCUCUUUCAGCUAGCGCUGCCACUGCCAUCCUUAUUCCACAGUGCUCCACUAUUCCCCAGUACCUCCCACAUCUGACAGCCCUAGGAUAUGGAAACCCAAUUGUGCAGCCCUACAGGCUGCAGCAGGCUCUUGCAGCAAGCAUCUUAUCAUCACCGGCCAUGUCCUUACAACAACAGUCUGCCCUGUGGCAGCAUCAAUCCUUGGCAAGCCCUGCCGCAUACUGGCAACAACAACAGCUGCUUCCAUUCAACCAGCUAGCUUUGGCGAAUGCCUUCUCGCAGCAACAACAGCUGCUUCCAUUCAACCAACUAGCUUUGGCGAAUGCCUUCUCGCAGCAACAACAGCUUCUUCCAUUCAACCAGCUAGCUUUGGCGAAUGCCUUCUCGCAGCAACAACAGCUGCUUCCAUUCAACCAGCUAGCUUCGGCGAAUGUCUUCCGUCAACAACUGCUUCCAUUCAACCAACUAGCUAUCACCAACCCCGCCGCCUUCUGGCAACAACAGCAGCUACUGCGUGUCAACCCACUUGCUGCGAUGAACGCCGCUGCCUUCUUGCAGCAACCAAUCAUUGGUUCUGGCCUUUGCUAGAUCAAUUAUUUGUUGUACUUUUAUAAUAAAGUUUGCAUGCCGACUCGUGUGAUCCUAAGAAAUAAGAAAACUGUUGGUUGAGAUUCUA